AUGGCCUCCUGGUUGGGUGGAAGUGCGGGCCCCGACCCACUCGUGGUCCUGCUGGUCAUCAUCUUACUGGUGCGCUUCAUCCUAUGGUCCUGUCUUGGGACUUACGUGGAGUAUAGACUGGCCCGCCAUCAGCCCUGCAAACCCAAGGACGACUAG